AUGGCUUCCAAACAACUCCCCCGGAUGUCCAUGGUCAACCAUGCCGCAGGCAUCUUCGCCGACAUGUCCGUCGAUGGACCGUCAAUUGGGACGCUCGUGGCUAUUAUCGAUCGUGCCAAGAACCUGCCUAAUAGAAAGACCAUGGGAAAGCAGAAUCCUUACUGUGCGGCUCGCUUGGGAAAGGAGGCCAAGAAGACGGAGACUGACUUGCGCGGCGGUCAAACUCCCAGAUGGGACUAUGAACUUCGUUUUACCGUGCAUGAAUCGCCAGACUACUUCAGACUCAAGGUAUCCGUGUUCAAUGACGAUAAGAAAACCGAUAUGAUCGGAGAAACCUGGGUGGAUCUCAGGGACCUGAUUAUUCCUGGCGGUGGCCAAAGUGAUAAUUGGCAUCCACUACAGUGUCGUGGGAGAUAUGCUGGCGAGGUUCGGAUUGAAAUGACAUUCUACGAUACGCGUGUGCAGGACGAAGCCGUGAUCGAACGACGGAGCAAUGCUGCAGGGAGGAUACAGGCCAGAACCAGUGGCUCAACAUCCAGUUCUUCCACCAUGUCGGGGCCCCGUCAACCCAAAGACAUCAAACGACGUCCAUUACCGACCGAUCCCAAUAACCCAACUCAUGUCCGACCCCCGCCUCCAGAGAAGUUACAUACGGCCCCAGCUCCGUCACAGCUCCCGUCCGUGAGAGCUCCUUAUCCUGAACAGCAACAGCAGCAAUACGGUCAUCACCAUACUUAUUCGAUGCCGGCUCCUAAUGUCAGCAGUGAUAAUUUGCGCCAGCCCUCGAGGCAUUCUAUGGUUAUGCAAACCGAGUUCGAUGUGCCAACACACGCUCCUACAGGCCCGCGGCCAGCGAGAGGACAUGAGAGCCCGGAUGAUUUUCAGAGAGAAUUAAACCAACCUGCUCUACCUGCGAAACUCCCUCCUGCGAUCCAUCAACCGACUCCCGUUCAUCCCCCAGUGGCGUAUCCGCAGCCCACGCCGUCCUCUAGACAUUACGCGGUAGAGCAGCAACACUCUUACCGUGAACCUCCGCCUGAGUCUUAUUCUUUGCAAGCACGCUCUAACCACGGACGACCGCAUUCGUCAUACGACGGAGUUCCACCUCCCAUGGACUACCGCGUAUCGAGACAAGACCUGUACCAGAACAGUCAAGAGCAACUGCAGCAACUGCCACCUGCAGAGCCUGUUGAGCCGCGAAGGAACUCCCACGUAUACGAAACGCGCCCACGGCAACCGAGCACCCAGGACUAUCCAUUUUCGUCGUCAGAGCGAUUCCUUCACAGUGAUGAGCCAGCUGCUUAUGAGACUGGUAACUAUGCUCUGCGGCAUUCGAGGAGUAUGCCAGGCGAAACCCCGCACGAGUACGUGCCAGCGCCAUUACCGGAGCCGGAACCGGAACAAGACCGUUUCUAUUAUCGUCAGCAGAGCAACUCCGUCGCCAGCACACGUAGCUCAUUGCGCAAUUCAAUGAGUCGCGCCGAGCCUCAGAUACAAUAUGCCAGGAUGCAGCCCAAGGUGGAAGACGAGGAAGAUGAAGGCCCUCCUCCUCCUCCGCCCGUGCAUCGAUCAGGCCUGGGGCAGCCGAGUCAGCAGUUGGUGCCUUCGCCAAGAUCAUCUUACAGAGCUUACUCUCCAGAGUACGCAUCUUCCCCAAGCGCUUCUGACGAUGUCAACCUUUCAUCCCAGCCUUCUCACUACAUACCAGACAACGUUCGAUUGCAGGACCUCCCUCCCCACACAAACGCCUCGUCUAUGCCCCCCAGCCUGGUCGCAGGUUUUGAUCCUGGGAUUGCAGAUGCAGAGACAGACCGUAUGUACAACGAAAAAAGGGAGAGCAAGAGGCGCAGCGUCCUGUUUGAAGAGGACGGUAUGGUCACUCAACCGCCUGCUUCUCAACCAGCAGUUUCGCAGCCGCCUGCCUCUAUGCCUCCAGAACCGACUACUGUUGUGCCUCCGUAUCCUGUUGAUCCGCCCCCUAAGCCCGUGUCCCAACCUGCACCUCAACCCGCUGAAGACCGAGGAUCGAUGAGCGGUGCUCUGGUGAGGAGCAGAGGGGGCUCUGCAGCCUCUGACUCUCGCAUCGUUCCACGGCGCAAAUCCGUCAGUCCACAGCCACCCCCGGUUGAAGCGCGUUCAUCGGGAACGAUACCAUUCUCGCCAGACUCAUAUGACGCCUUGAAUCCCAAUGCAUCACGGUCUGCUUUGACCGCAGAUCCCGCUCGCGAAUAUGAUUCACCAGCUCAGGCGAUGGAAGCUGCGCGACGGAGCGAGGCGGAGACCAAACGGGAUCCCGGGCCUAUUAUCGACGAUAAUGGGCGUGAGAUCGAUCCCUCCGACCACCUACCCACUGAUACAUGGGCACCCGAGCCAGAGAAGAAGAACCGGAAACCCGAGCUGGUUGUUCGCUUCAAGAACCCGCCCACUCAGACCAGCCCCCCUCCAGCCAGGGAGUCCCGACCUCUCCGUGUGACAUUCAAGCCGUCAGCCGAUCGAGUACGGACGUACUCGCCGGAUAAGAGCCUGGCACGUCCUAACAGCUCAUACCAGCGGGGAUCCAUGGCAGUCGAGCGAAUGUCCCCGCGAAUGGACUUGGUCCGCGGACGUGACGCAUACACAGAGUACAACCGCGGGAGGGACUACAGCCGGUCCCCUAACAUGGACUCUUCAUCGUAUACGUCCUCGCGAACAUCUGUCUCACCAUCCCCUGGGUCUCACACGUCAAGCCUGUACGCACCUGUGAACACAGGACCACCUAUCCCGGCCAAGGUCCCCAUCGCACAACCGAUGAACCAAAGCUACCCGAUAAUACCCGCCGGUACCAACUACACCCAUACCAGCGGCAACGAAAGCGGAGGCUUGGAUGCACUGAGCCGGGAACUCAACACCAUCGACAUUGGAUCCGUUGGAUGCAAUACGAACCGCGCGAUCCGGAAAUACGUCCCGCGCGUGGCUACUGGUUAUGCAGUUUGA